AGAAGUUGCCCGAUUGUCAAGAUGAAAGCUGGUUUAUUUCUAACUUUAUUUGUGCUGGCUACCGUGCUAAGCACCGAGGUCUUUGGGGCUUUAUCCCAGGGCAAUUUCAAAAGUGACGCACAUCCGGGCAAGUGUGUGCUCGAUGCCAACACCAUAUUGAGUAAGGGUGAAACUAAGACCCUGCCCAACUGUCAGCUUCUCACUUGCAACGGAGACGGCGCAGCAACUAUUGCAACCUGUGGUACUAAGGCAGUGCCACCUCCAUGUAAAUUGGGCGAUGCAAAGUAUCCCGAUGCCGAUUAUCCCAAGUGUUGCAUCAAUGCGGUGCACUGUCCCACUGGAGAUAGUGAAAUCUAACAAUGCUUUUGUUUUUUUUUUUUUGUGAAAAAUACAUAAUAUAAUCGCUCUGAGUA